UCAAACAUCCGCCAUUUUUGUUUGAAAUCUUUUGACAGGUUGUGCGUGAUGCACGAAAACAAUAACAAACCACGCAGUGGGAUGAAAACUCGGUAUCAUCUUGAAAUCACCAUGCGUAUCAUCCGAAAAGUGGGCUAAGCUAGUUGAACGCUGUGAAACAAUACCCUUAACGGAGACGCUAUGUUUCGUAGCUACGCAUUCAACACUACACUUGUAGCUCGUGUAUGGUAAUAUUUGUUCACACGGUAAGAGAAACCAUACACAUGACAGUCCGUGAACGCUGUCAAGGUGUUCAAGCUCUGUGUGAUCCAUUCAAGUACGAUGGAGGCCGACGGAGGGCUCCGUGUGGACACUUCCAGCAUCUUCCUCGACGUUUUCGGAACUCGAAGCGAAUUUUCCACAUUCGAAGAGUUCAGUGGUUUGUUUGUAAAGUUCGAGAAGAAAUCCAGGUACAUAUUCCGUGUGAAAAAUUCCAGCAGCGUGGAAGCAGAAAACAGACGACGAAAGGACAAGAUUGACAGCGCUAUCAAAUACUCGGGACUUGUCUUGUGUUGUGUCAACUGCGGGGACGCCAACAAGACACUCAAGAAACUGCAAGAAGGGGACGCGAGACAACUCUGCGAUGCUCACAUCUACUUGAGAUAUCGUUCAUCGUCGCGCAAGCUGGCCAUCAUAUCAUCUUCAUUUGUGCAUAAUCAUCCUAUGCAGCAAGGAACUGGCUGCUUCCAUAGAAAACGGUCUGUGACUGAACGCAUUGGGAAACCUCGCGACGGACGUCGCAAAUUCGUCAAGACAGCUGACAACACUGUUAAUCCCCUGCCUUUACUUCGAGACGGGUCGGAUUGUUUCCCGAGGCCUCCGAGCGAACUCACCAUCACUCCUCUGGGGAACUGCAACAGCGCAAGGGUGCCGUUAAUCCCUCCUCAGAUCGACGCGCAAAAAAAAGGAGGGCUGUCGUCACCCCCGGUGACCUGUAUGGGUAACAACCCCCCAGCUCGGGGUCAGGUCCACGUCUCUCCGCCGAACGAAGCGGGUGAUAUAAAAGAAGAGGUGGAUGAGCACCCAAACAUGCUGGAACCGGAGUGCAUACUCCAGUGCUACGAGGACGAUGCAAGCGAACACGCCACGGACUUGUCUCUCAAGCCCAAGCACAACGAACCGCCGUCGAACGGUGGUCUCGAGGUGGACAUGGAAUACGUGGUCACGUGGAAAGAGCUGGAACCCCUGUUCCGCUUCUGCAGCCGCUGCGGAUCGCCCGUGGAACGAACGCGGUACUCCCUGCACGGGGUACUCAGUGUGUCGGCCAUUUGCAGCAAAGGCCACGGGGUCUUUUGGACUUCCAAGGUGUGAGGAUUCCCAGUCUGACGUGGGGAGUGUAAAGCACUCAGUUGGGCUUGGAUAUUCCGUGUCCUUCUUUUUUUUAUUAUCGUGCUUUCAGUUUAGAAAGUAAAUGCAAUUGUAGCUUGCUUCUGCACAGUGCAGUUACAUACUCAGUAUAGUGCCUGAUACUCAUCAUCAGAGUCCCUAGCCUUCCGCGGUGGCAAAUCAACGUAUAUCCGCAGAUUGGAUUUACGAAUCCGCGGGAUUCCGUAGAUAAGGAAAAGCAAAAACAAAAAAAUGUUGCAACAUUCACCCCAAGAUAGCUUACCGACUAGUCCCACACGCUUUCCCAGCCUUUCGUAACUUUUCAGUGAAAAAAAAAAAAAAAAACUCAACCCCGACAAUUUCUUUUCUCCGGGUGUUCCUGUCGUUAAAUUUUCUGUCGCGGCAUGCUCGGCCAUGCAGGCGUCCAGUAUCAGUCGCGAUUGAUCUUGGUUUUAAUCCAAGAAAAUGUCUCGGAUAGAUUGAAAUCCUUACAUAUUCUGUAAUACAUCUAAUAUUCUGCAAAAAACACACGAUCCUGAGGAAAACAUGAGGCUCUGCAAGACGUGGCCAAUUCCACGAAAUUUCGCAGAAAGCUAGGGGCUCUGCUCAUUAUAGUGUUUGAAAUGAGAUUGAAAAUUUUGAGUUGUGUCAGUUCUUCCAUGCAAACAAGACAUUGUACACACGUGUGUUAGGGUCUCACCCGUACCUUGAAACAGAGAAUUAUGAAGAAAAUUUGCUGAAAUAUUGCCGAUCAAUAAGCUGCACCAGUUGAAAAAUCGUCUGGCAUUUUGGGCAAGGACUGCAAAUAUUUUCCAGCUAUUCUCACCAGACGUACCCACGGACGAGUGGUUCCAUUUAAUACGCGUAAAAUGUUGUGUUUUCCCCUGUGUAAUCGCUGCAUCCCUUGCGUUCACCUAAAAAAAACAAAAAAAAACAACCGUUGCCAUGGUACUAUUUGAGUUGAGCUGAGAAUAGCACAUUCUAAUGCACGUUGUUGGGAGCGAAAUAACCAUUUCUGCACUCCCUGCAGCCUUAAGAGGACCUUCAAAGUACUGAAAUGCAAAAUUUGAGUAGACUGAUAUCUCAGCACCUGCAGCCAAGAAAAAGAAAUCGAAGUUGUCUCUGAAUUGUUGUUUAGAGUACUCCCUGAUUUUUACCUGUUGGAUGAAGUUAAAAAAAAAAAAAAAGACUGAACCCAAAGAUCGCAGCUCAGUCACACAUUUCGAGUGGAUACAUAUUUCUUUUUGUACAGUAAACAACAACAACAACAACAAAGAAGAGUAGUUAUGGUAAUUUUACCUUAGCCUGCUCAUAUAGGUUGUUCUUAGGUACAUGAGCUUUACUAGUUCAAAGAAUCUGCAUCCCAAUGAAAGCAGUAGAAGAUAAGCACGCACACAUGAUUUUGAUAUGAUUUCACGAAUGAUACGUUACGGUUAAGAAAUGCUACACAUAUUAAUCAAGCAUUCUAGUGCUCCCUACGAUAUUUCCACAUUUAAAGUUCCAGCAUUUCAAAAUUUCAAUUACAUCACAAAAUCUUAUUUUGUGGACAGGGUGCCUUAGGACAUUCAGUAAAUAUGCAACAAUCGGCGACGGGAUGGCAUUAUACAGGGUGCUCUUCUUAAUUGCACUAGAUAAAAAGAUAAUAAUAAUUGCGUGCAAUUUUGUCGUUAGCUUACGUGACUUGGUGGCCAUUAGGAAUAAGGUUGCUUGUGUAGCGAGGUGGCUAAUUAACAGAUAUUUUCAUUAGCUUUUUAAUUAGAUGCUUUCAUGGAAAUAUGAUAUGUAGUAGAAUUGGAGGCAGUCAUCAUUUGAAAAACGUCUGUUUCUUUAAAGUCCUGAAACGUGUGCGCACAUUGAGAUAUCCAGUGCCAAGUUUUGCUAUGCAAAUGAGCCGAAACUGUAGGAAAGCGCGCCUGAGCCACAAGGAGAGCAGCGUUCAUUCCACGUCCUUUGUUUGCGCCCCAGAGAAGCUUAUAGGCCUAGGUUGAACCUUUUCCCGCGCCUGUGAUGUGUGCGAUUUCAGUUUCAGCUCGUUUGCAUAGCAAAAUUUGGCAACGGAUAUUUCGUGUGUGCACAUAUCAGCAUCUUAAAGAAACAGAGUCGCUUUAAAUAAUGACUGCCUCCAACUUUGCUACCUCGCAUCUAAUUAAAAAAAGCUAAUUAAAGUAUCUCGGUUAAUUAGCCAUCCCACUACACAAGCAACCUUAUGCCUAAUGGCUGCCAAGUCAUGUAAGCUAAUGACAAAAUUGGAAGUGUUUUUUAUGUGCAAUUCUUCUAUUUUUGAAAAUUUGGUGCAGCUAAAGAAAAAAAAAGAAAGCCAUCAACCGAAAUGCGACCCAAACUUCAUUCGCUUUCGCUUUGCUAGGACAAAUGUUUGAACAAAGUGCUAGACAAUACGCUGUGUUCCUCUAGUUUUAAAUUGUUUUGAAGUGUAGCACAAAAUGCAUUGUUGUACAUGCCCGAUGUGCUAUGUUACAUGUGCCAAUAUGUGUAGUGACCCUGUAUCGCUUCAGGUACAUUCCUAAGCAGGAUGCUUUGGGAUCAGAGCACAAUUUUUCUAUUUUUCAAACUUGUGUAAUGUAGAUAGGUUUUGCAAAAGCUAGCAAACAUUGUUCCGCAACUGCAAGUCUGUUUCUAAUGCUCAACACAAUUUACAGACACUUUCAAGGUAGUUUUCGUGAAAGCGACAGUCUGCGCACAAAUGAGCUAAACAAACGCUGCUGUCUCAUCCUGAAUUUGUAGCCAAUUAUACAUAAUUGAGUUUUACAGCCAGCACUUUCACUGCUGAGACAUCGCCGUAAGUAAUAUCUGGUCUCUGUCGUGCCAAGCAAUGGAGGCGUCAACUGGCAGAACUCGAUUAGAUUUUGCUGUGGCUGGAUGAAAUUUUGAAUUUGGCAUCUACACGUAACUCGAAUGUAUGUCCCCGUUUCCUGUGACAGAACGCUUACAAAUGUCACGACCUUUAAGUGAAAUGUACCUGCGCAAGUUCAACGAUCUAUGCAGAUAACACGUGAGGCAGGCACGUGAACCCCACACGCUUACGUGUUACUGUAAAUACUCUUAUCCAGUGUGGGAUUAUGUCGCGCGUUUCGAUUCACUUUAGUUUCACCAAGUCGCCAAGCGGAUACUCACGUGCACGCACGCCAUCUAGAUGUCAUUUAUCUCUGCACCUUUUAGCUGAACAACUGAACAAACAAAGGAAUAGUUUGUGAGACACAGUCACACCCUCACCAGUGUCUCGGGUCGUAGUGAAAGAGUUUCUGACUGUGGUACCUUCCACUGUUUCUCUUAAUUGGAGCACCUCAGUACGUGCAUUUGCUUGCCACCAAUGCAAGCGUAACAAAGGCUUUGCGAAUCAUCGUAUGUUCACUUCGAAUCGAAUAGAGGACACAAAUUAGAUACAAGCGGUGCCAAUUAGUUGUUAAUAUAAUUAAGCGACGAUAUUUAAUCGUCAGUGUCGACUCGUUGCUAAAUCAGUGACGGUAGGAGGUGAGCAAAAUGCGACGUUGAGAUGAGAUGUAAAUUUUGAACACGAAUGCUGUUGUUGCUGUCGACGUACACAUAGGUUAGUGUCCCAAAGUCUUCCUGUUGGAGUUAACUACAGCGGAUGUUGCUGUUGAAGCUCAAAGCCGAAAAACAAACAUUGUGAGGCAACAAAACGAGGCAAGCCACUUCCAUUUGCGCCCCUGAAUGUACAAAUUGAAGAACGGCCUGUAACAAGGCCAGAAUAAUGGGCAUUAUUUACACACAUUGUUGUUGUUUUUUGAGAUUCGUUACGUUAAUCACCCUUCAUUCUCUGUUGAUUCAGUGUGAAUAACUCAUCUUUCAUAUUUCGUUUCCUCGUAACCUCAUUAUAGUAGUUGUUGCACAUUUUAUGAAUUUGCACCCCCACCCCAUUUUGAUACCAAUUGUAUUUUACGAUACAUAUACACAACACCUUGUACACUCCGUUACUACGAUACCAUGUAAGUGUCAUUAGGUUGCGAAGACACGAAAUAGUUAUAGUAGACCCACAGCUGCUGACUUCGCCAAAUGAUGUUUAUAGAGACCGAUUACUAUGUAUAUCUAGUAUGAAAUACUCCAUUUUUUUUGUUACAGUGGUAUUGUACCACGUAAACCAUGCAAAUGCAAUAAAGAAUCUCGUGUUUCUUUUCCA